AUGUCCCCCGUUGCGACCGACUUCCCUGUGCUUGCGGGCUUGCUUUCCUCGAACGCUCAGUGGGCAGAGGACAUUAACGGCAAGAAUCCCGACUUCUUCCCCUGCACUGCCAAUGGACAAGCGCCAAAGAUCUUGUGGAUUGGCUGCGGCGAUUCUCGAGUGCCAGAGUCAGUCAUCACUGCAUCCGAGCCGGGCACGAUUUUCGUGCACCGCAACAUCGCAAACCUCUUCCACUUGCACGACGAUAAUGCCCAGGCCGUCCUGGAGUUCGCGGUCCAGGACCUCAAAGUCGAACAUAUUCUGGUCGUCGGGCACAGCAACUGCGGCGGCGUGCAAGCCUGCAUUAAUGCAGCCGCCGCGCCCGUUGAAGCGGACGCGCCUGAGGCUACCCCCUACGACUGUCCGGCCGGCUCGAACGCGCCGCUCAAUCGGUGGCUCGUUCCCCUCGUGGAGCUCGUGCGCGCCACGCAGGUCCCAGAGGGCCGGGACGCCCUUGAUUUCUUCAUAGAGGAAAGUGUUAAGGCGCAGAUCGCCAACGUCUGCAAGACCGAGACGAUCUUCGCGAACUGGGCCAAUCGUAGCUUGGAAAAGAAAGUGUAUGUGCAUGGCAUGGUAUAUGAUCUCGGGACUGGGAGACUCAAGGACCUGGGCGUUUCUCGAGGAUCCGAGUCCCUCGAAGUCUGA